CGACCAGGGCUGCGCAGUUUAGGCAGGUCAUUGUCUAAUGCCGCGUGCCGUUUUACAUUUACACUUUUGGGCGUGACAGCCUAAAACGAGGUUAUUGAGAGAUGGGAGCAAUGGACGACGAUGAGUUCGAUGAUGAGUUCGACGACAUCCCCGAUGAGGAUAUGAUUCUGGCCCUCACUCAAGCUACCGAUUCUGCUGCAGCCUCUUCGAAUGUGGUAGCCAACCAUUCACGCGGUUUCGGCAAUGGCACUUUUCAUUCCAGGCCAUCGACACAGUUCUCCAACUCUGUUAGAGCCCCGGUCCAGCUCCCGCCCUCUCGCCAACAUCCCAUAUCCCGAGCUCCAAGCUCAUUCAGCAGGAAUCCAGUUGUGGGGAACGCCGGGAAUGGGUCUCUCGAUACCUCCCCUUCAGACGCCUUUGAUAGUUCGCCCAAGAGACCCAACCGCGCUCCCAUUGUCAGCCCCCGCCCGCUCCGACCGUCAGCCCAGACUCAAGCCCAGAUUCAAGCCCAGAACCUGCGCCAGACUACUUUAUGGGGAACCACCAUCCGGGAAGACCGUUUGACGGGAUCGCAGGCCACUAACAGUCGCCCGUACCGUGCUGAUCUCCCGCCGGAAGCCCCGACGCACCACGAACUUCACCAUGAAGAACUACCAACCUGGGUGUAUCCCUUGAAUCUCGGCCCCAUUCGAGACUACCAGUUUAGCAUCGUCAAGAAUGGCCUCUUCCACAACACGCUGGUGGCCCUCCCCACCGGUCUAGGCAAGACCUUUAUCGCUGCCACCGUCAUGCUCAACUACUACCGCUGGACCAAGCGCGCAAAAAUCGUCUUCGUAGCGCCCACAAAACCCCUCGCAUCUCAGCAGGUCCAGGCCUGUCUCAAUAUCGCCGGUAUCCCUCGGUCAGAGGCAACACUUCUCACAGGCGAGACUCCUCCGGUCCUACGGCAGGGCGAAUGGGAGAACAAACGGCUGUUCUUCAUGACCCCGCAAACCCUGAUGAACGACCUCUCCAAAGGAUAUGCCGAUCCCAAAUCCAUCGUCCUUCUUGUUGUCGACGAGGCUCACCGCGCGACCGGGGACUACGCCUACGUCAAGGUCGUCGAGUUCAUAAGGCGCUUUUCGAAAAGCAUCCGGAUCCUUGCGCUAACCGCCACUCCGGGGUCAACGGUGGAGGGUGUGCAAGACAUCAUCGACAACCUUGGUAUCUCCCACGUGGAAAUCAGGACCGAGGAGUCGAUCGACAUCCGUCAAUACGUUCAUUCACGGAACAUCGACACGGUGACCUUCGAUCCCUCUGACGAGAUGCACGAGGUGCGGGAAUUGUUUUCCAAGGCCCUCAAGCCCCUAGUGGAUAAGCUGAGCUCGCAGAACAUCUACUACGGCAGGGAUCCCAUGAGCUUGACAACCUUCGGUCUGCUCAAGUCCAGGCAAGAAUGGUUGGCCGGGCCUGGCGGACACGUGAACCAGGGGAUAAAAUUCAUGAUGAUGGCCGUGUUCAGCAUCUUGCAGAGCCUGGCCCACUUGAUCAAGUUGCUCAACUUCCACGGCAUCAAGCCCUUCUACAAUGGCCUCGCUGAAUUUCGGUCGAGCGAGGAGAGCAAACCGGGACAGGGCUCAAAACUCAAGAAACAGCUCCUGGCCGACGAAAGCUUCCAGAAGAUGAUGACCGUGAUCGAACGCUGGAUGAGGAUGGACGAGUUCAACGGGCACCCAAAGCUGACAUAUCUCUGCGAGACCCUCGUCAACCACUUUAUCGACGCGGGCGAGAAUUCCAACACGAGAGCCAUUGUCUUCAGCGAGUACCGUGACAGUGCCGAGGAGAUCGUUCGCCUCCUCAACAGCCAACCGCUCAUUCGCGCUACCGUAUUCGUGGGACAGGCCGAUUCGAAAAGGAGCGAGGGCAUGAAGCAAAAGCAGCAGAUCGAGACGAUCGAAAAAUUCAAGAAUGGCGGUUUCAAUGUCCUCGUGGCUACCUCGAUCGGCGAAGAAGGGCUCGAUAUUGGCCAAGUCGACCUGAUCGUUUGCUACGACGCCUCGGCCUCACCGAUACGCAUGUUGCAGCGGAUGGGGCGCACAGGCAGAAAACGUGCAGGGAACAUCGUGUUGCUGCUGAUGAAAGGCAAGGAGGAAGAGAAAUUCCUAGAAGCGAAGGACAACUAUCAGAAAAUGCAGCAGCUCAUCUGCGACGGCGACGGCUUUACUUUUCGCCACGAUCUCUCAACGAGAAUUGUGCCUCGGGAUAUCAGGCCCGAAGUUGACAAACGGCUUGUCGACAUCCCCAUCGAGAACUCCCAGAACACUUCCCUUCCUGAGCCCAAAAAGACCGCGGCUGGCCUGAGGAAGAAGCCCGCCAAAAAGAAGUUCAAUAUGCCUGAUGGCGUAGAGACCGGCUUUACGAAAGCCUCGUUCUUCGGCCGGCCCGUGGAACGGGCUGGUAAUACACCCAAACCGCCUGCCGAAACCGACUUCUUGGUCAAAGUGCCUAAGCUUGAGAAGGUUCUAUUGAGCAAAUCACAAACAGAACGCUUCGAGAGACUAUACAAAUCCCUCCCGAAGACCCCAUUUGACAAGGUGCAAGAACUCGGAUUCGACGACAUCAACCUCGGAGCCCACCCGGCUGCCCAGCGAGUGCUACGCCGUACCGUCAACCUGAAACACGGUCAGUACACAAAAAAAUGCGUGAAGUUGUUUAGGGCUCUAGGGGAAUCCCAGGAUCCCUUGGAAAGGUUUACCCGUCCAUACGGCACGACAGAUACAACGUCAUGGGAACAACUGCCAGUCCCGCCGUUUGCAGGCGAGGCUCUAAGCCAGCCCGUCAAAACAGGGCCCAAGACCAGCAGCUCGGUGUCCAACAGACAGCGUGUAGACAGGAGGUUGCCAGCAGCUCGAAAGACAGAUAGCAAACCUACUAGGAAACGUAAAUCCGAGUCGAUUUACCUUAGCGAGUGUGAGGAAGCGGAAGAGGACGAAGAUGAAGCGGAAGAAACUGCAGUCGAAGAAACCACGCCACGAGGACACCGUGGCCGUGGCCAUGGUCGGGGCGCGGCCAAACAGGGAGGGUUCAAGCGGGUCGGUGAUCAUAUCGAAGACUUUGGGGACGAUUGCAUGCGAACAAGUGACAUGGAGGAGACGGAUGGCUCCGACAGCGGCGCCGACCUCGACGAUUUCAUCGUCGGAGACGACGUGUUCUCAUCUAGCAACCAGCAGAAGUCAAUCGGCCCUGCCACACCCAGCUCAUCCCAACUCAGCUUGCGACACCGACGCACAGGGCAGGUUGCGGCGGAGGACAAACCGUUUUACGAACCGCCCGAGUUCGGUUCAACCCAGGACUCGGACGACGAGAUGCCCGAUCUGGCCGAGCUCGUUGCUAAAAGCGCGAGAAAGCCGGUCGGGCCAUCCAAGCCGAGAGUGACCUACCUGGAGGACGAGGACAGCGAGGAUGAUCUGCCCCAGCUGUCUCCGCGCAGGCCACAGGCGAAGAGGAGGCGGCAGGUGCUUCCUGAGAGCGACGAUGAUGAUACACCUUAGCAAUGGCGUUUGUCGCUGGCUUGGACGACUUUAACGCAGGGCUAUGGAGUUGUGGGUGGAUGGAUGGAUAGUCGUGGUUGAGGUGAUGAUACCCAAAUAAUGCUAUUACGAGAGUCCGGUCUAUGGUGUUUUGAUUGCUUGUAUACGGCCACGAGUAGUAGGAGUAUUGGCCUAGCUGGUAUAACAUGCAGCAGAUGAAGCUUGCAGAUGUCAACAAGAUCACAUCAUGAAAACUAUAACCCCCUCUUUACAAGCUCACUCUCCCCC